AUGGUCCGAGCAAGUGAUAUCGUCCUGUGCCUUGGUACGUCACCCGACUCUCCGGCUCGAGAUGCUAUACCAUCCCGUACUAUGCCGUUGCCACUCCGUAGACGGCCCCGGGGAUCUCGGACUCGGUGCUUUACUGACUUGGAACACCUGCUCAUCACAACAGUUGCCAUCCUCUUCCCUCCUGCCGCCGCUGCUUUCAUCACCGGUUGCAGUUGCGACUUGCUCAUCAACAUCUUGUUGACCGUGUUGGGCUACAUGUGAGUAUUCGAGCCGGUUAUCGGGACCGAGCCCCUUAGAGGCCGAUCACUGGACUUGUCAUGAGUGAUGUGGGUUCGAGGAUCUGAACUAACCACUUUGUCUUUGUUUCUGUUGUUUCCUCCAGCCCGGGCCACAUCCAUGCAUUCGUAAGCUCUUUCUAGAGCAGAGAUCGGAGAUCGAACCUACUGACCUGACUUUGCCACUACUCGGUCGGGUCAACAGUACUUGAUCUACAAGAAGACUCAAGCCGAGGAGCGAUACGGUCGAGGCGGAUACGUUUACACCGGGAAUGGCGAAUACGUGAGUAGACCUAGUCGCAUUUGAACCGGUGGGACUUGAAUCGUUCGGGCCAUGUGCUGACGACUACACUCUCUUUCUCCAUCUCAGGCACCCAUCGGCCAACCUAUGAGCGGGCACGCCGGCUACGGUACCGUUCACCAACACUAG